CCGUUACUGCGUUGCUAUGCAACCAGUCACCAACAUAAACAGACACGGAAGCUGCUGUGGUCUUAGAAAUGUCAUCAAAUUUCUCAGCAAACCAGUAUGACGACACCUUCAAACGGCAGACGAUGCAGAACUGGGGUCAGACUAAACACGUCAAAGAGAGACCCACUGCACGGCUCGGUCACACCGCCUUCAUAGCGGAUGAUAAAGGAUAUCUGCUCCCUGGAGUGAAGAGAGGCAGUUCCUGGUCAGACUUUAAGGGCACCUGGGAUCUACCUGCUCGCAUCCCCCUCCAGAGGCCGCUCAACCCCACGGCUCGCACUGAGGAGGGCAUCAACAGGCUCCAGUCGUGGGGAUUUUACCCACAGAACAGUGCCUGGUCUCAACCACACAGAGGCAGCAAAAGCACAGAUAUACUGCAGGAUGCUGGCGAGCAGACCAGCGAGGAUGUACAGCAGGACGUCGCAGCUCCGUCCUCAGCAGCUGACGCACGGCUGGCGUCUCAAAACCACCUCGUCACUGUCGGCCAGAGAGCUGCCAGCCGGAGCUCUGCAGCCGAAGACCAGCCAGCUCCAAGGCCUGUCGAGGAAGCAGCCGGCCAACACCAGCAUCCUCCGAGCGGAGACCUGUGAACGUAAUUAGAUCCUUCAUACAUCACAAAAAAAGCUAUAAAAAUAAACAGUGCCGUCUCUCA